UCAAGCGUUGUGGUACUCGAAAUCGCGAGACGCGCGUAGUGUUGCGUUUUGAAUUCUGUUUUUCGAUCAGCAAACCAUUGCGUCGCGUGCCCCAUUUUGUGGCAAGAAGUGCUUAAAUCGAAUUUAGAAAUUAGAAGAAUCGAAACCCCAAAAGUGACCAAUGCCAAGCCAAAAGCACAGCCUCUGAAAGUCCAAAAGAUCCUUCAAGUUGCACGAAGUUCGUUCUCGGUUGUCGUCAGUUCGUCGCGAGUUGUUGCAACUUCGUGCGGGGAACAGUAAAAGCCCUACAGUUAGCCCAAAUUAAGUAAUUCAAUCACCUCCAGACAGCCAAAAUUCUAUAUUAAUUAAUAAUAACCCAAAGUUGGAGUGUUCGUGAGAUGUUGCUGCUGCUGCAACAGCCGCAGAUUCGUGUGGCACAGUGUCUUAGUGUUUGAGAAUUAUAAGCGACUGUGAGCGUAGCUGCAGGAUGAUGCCCAGCGGAUUACACAUAAGGAUUAAAUAACAAAUGGCGAAUGUCAGCGGCAGCGUGCGACUGAUGAUGGAAAAAUCGAAUUGAACAGCAAAUCACUGAGCGGAGAAAACCCCCAAAUAGAAAAGAUGAGAUUGAAAAUACAGGCAGCUGCAGGAAAAAGCGAGAAAAACACGAAACCGCGGCCACGCCAAAUGGGAAACUUAUGAAAAGCACUAAAAGCCGAGCAGAAAAACAAAAAGGAAAACUAACAACGUUGAAAAGAGGAAAAUUAAAGCAACAAUUAGUGGGGAAUCGGGGCCAAGAACCCAGCAGAAGAGAACUCAGCACAAAAGCAAUAAACGCUCUUGAGGAAAAGUCGCGACUCAAAAGCUACGCCAAAGGAAAGGGAUUUCCCAUAGAAAAGUCCAACCCAAAAUGGAUACACUUUUCGCUGCGGUUCUCCUGGUCCUGGCCACAGUUUCUCUCCUGGUCCAAGGCGAACAGCACCCGGCCACCGCCGACGAAGGACCCUUAUCUGAGAUUUUGACCGCCUUGGGCUCGGAGGUUGCGCUGCCCUGCGAUCUGCUGCCGGGAACAGGAAUCUCCGACAAGGUGCAGUUGGUCAUCUGGUACCGCGAGGGUCAUGUCAAGCCUAUCUACACCUUCGAUGCCAGAGGUCGACCUGUUAACCAGGGCAUUCCCUGGGCAGAUGAGAGUGUCCUGAAUAAGAAGGCUCACUUCCACCACGACACCAGCCCACCUGCCUUGCGGAUCAAGAACAUCCAGACCUCAGAUGCUGGACUCUACAAGUGCCGUGUGGACUUCCACAAGUCACCGACCCGUAAUUGGCGCAUCAAUGUGACAGUGCUAGUACCACCCACCAAACUCGUGAUUAUGGACCACCAUGGUGCCGAGAUACGCGACCAAACAGCAGGACCUUACCUAGAGGGCGACAGCAUCGACUUGACCUGCCUUUCCAGCGGCGGAGUUCCGCCUCCGCGGGUCUCCUGGUGGCGGGAACACGCCCUGAUCGACGACUCCUUCCAGGUGCUACCCGAUGGCUCCGUUCGGAAUGUCCUGCGCAUCAAGAACAUCCAGCGGAAGGAUCUGCUAACGAUGUACACCUGCCAGGCAACCAACGGCCAUGUGGUCCCAGCGCUGACCAAGAAAGUUAUCCUCGACAUGAAUCUUCCGCCGCUUAGUCUGCUGUUGCAAGGCCUAAACCACGCCGUAAUAGCUGGAACUCGCACUCACGUGACUUGCACGGCCAUUGGAGCUCGUCCUCCGCCGGAAAUUGUGUGGUCCAAGGCGGGUCAGAUUGUCCGGGGAGCCACAUCAUCGACCUCCUCCGAUGGAAACACUACCAUCUCUGAACUAAUGCUGAUACCCGUUCCCGAGGACAAUGAAAGGCAGGUGGUCUGCUCUGUUUCCCUGAAUCCAGGGAUUACUUCCCAGCAACUGCAUGAGGGUCAUACGACGAUAAUGACCACUCUGGGAAAUGGACAUACCGGGCUGUAUCUCAAAGAUUCCAGAGUGCUUAAUGUGACACAUGCACCUAUUGUCAACCUGAACCUGGGAGCCCCUCUCGACCCGGAUAAUCUACUCAAGGGUACCGAUGUCUAUUUGGAGUGCGAUGUGAAGGCCAAUCCAGCAAUAACACGGGUGGAGUGGUACCACAGUGACAAACAACUCCACUCCUCGCGCGGCAUCAUCAUCUCGAACCAGACCCUCGUCCUCCAGGGCAUUUCGAAGUCCUCGCACGGGCAGUACUUCUGCAGGGCCACCAAUCUCCAGGGCAGUGUGUCCAGCAACGAGGUCUACUUGGACGUGAAGUAUCCGCCAGUUUGCAAGUCCGAGUCGACGAUUAUACGUGCCGCGCUCAAGCAGACAAUCAACAUCACCUGCGAGGUGGACGCCAAUCCACUCGAUAAUCUAAAUUACAAGUGGCACUUCAACAACUCGCUGGAGAGCCUCAUCGAGCUGCCCCAACUGGGGGUGGUGGCUCCGGUGAUGCUGGCCUCCGGUACGGAUCUGAACGGAUAUUAUCAGCGGAGCAAGCGGAAGCACUCGCACGGAGUGCAGCAACGCCUUCUACACGGCAGGCACGGCCGAAUGGCGGCCGUGAGAUUCGAGGAUGACGACGAGGAUGGCUAUGGGGAGUUCGAGGAGUAUGGCGAGGAUGUUGGCCAGCCCUUCACCCAGAUGGUCUACUCCAACAUGGUGCACAAGAACCACGUGGAGAACAGCAAACAGCAGCAGCGGAAGCAGCUGUCCCCUCAGCAGCAGCUGCAGAUGCCAUCCGGCGGAUCGUCCGGAGACAGCCACCAUGGCUCUUCCUCCUCCUUAUCCUCAUCCAGUGGAGUCCUUCAGUUGGCGGAACGCAAGCGACUAGUUGCCCUGCACAAGCAGCAUCAUCGCGGAGGCGUGGUCACGCCCCCGACCACCACCUCGGCGCCCCCGCUGAACAACGUGUACAGCUACCACGUGGAGAGCUACGAGAGCUUCGGCGCCAUUUCCUGCGUGGCCAGCAGUCAGAUGGGCCACAGUCCGCCCUGUUGGUAUCACAUCCAGCCGGCAGACCUUCCCGAACCGGUGAAGAACUGCACGGCCUUCAAUGCCACGGCCAACUCGCUGCAAAUCCAGUGCAUUCCCGGCUUUGAUGGCGGCAUCCCACAGCACUUUCACGCCCAGAUCUACGACGAACUGAACCGCCAGAUACUGUAUAAUGCCUCGUACAAGUACCCGGAGUUCACGGUGAAACGUCUGCCCAGCGACUCCGUGUUCGUCAUCCGGAUAACGGCGGUGAAUGCCCAGGGGCCCAGCAAGGCGGCAUAUCGUCUGCGAGGACGCACGCUUUCGGCGCCUUUACUGCGGACAGCCUCAUCGACGGCGGUGCUGGUACAAUUGACACCCCUGCUGGGUGCCCUGGUCGGCGUGAUUGCCACACUUAUUCUGGUGGCCAUUUGCGUGGUGAUCGUUAUCAAAUUCCGUAGCAAGCGGGGCGGCCGGAGGCAUGGCAACGGGGCCGAUGCCACCACCACGGAAGCCGACAAGGGCAGUGCCGAGCCACUGUCCCGCAACAUGGGCAGCCACUCUAGCCUGGAGGACAAAAAUCCGGAUGUGGUACCCCAGGAGGCCAACAGCGAGGACGAAUUCCACCAGGAGGAGAAGGCCUUCGACCGAUUGAAUAUGGAAUCGCAGAGGAUUUUGUACACCCCGCCGACGCGGCUUAACACUGCCUCGCCGCCGCCACCCUCGCUGUCACCCACUUUUGGCAAACAGUACGGUGAACUCUCGCUAACCACGAAUCCUGCCUUCAGCCUGUACAACACGCCCCAGCGUGCUCCUGCCGUACAGCGGCCCGUUUACACCGCACCACCGCCCCUUUUGUCUACGAGGACGCCCCCGAACAUCUACACCCGCAUACCGGGUCGAGGGGGUGGUGGCGGCGGUGCAACGGUCACGGCGGCAGGACCCGGCGGCUAUCACCUGCCGGCGUACGAGACACGGACCUCGCCCACCUCCCCGUACGGAUCCACCACCACCUGCACGAUGCCACUGCUGGGCGGCCAGUCCAAUGGAUCGCUGCAGACCAACGGCAGUGGGUUGGGUGGCGUGGGAAUGGUAGGUGGUGGUGGUGGUGGGGCAUGCAACACACUGCCCCAUCCGGGCAGCCUGCAUGUGGGUGGCAUAUCGGCGGCCUUGACCAGUUCGGUGACCAGCGGAAAUAUCACCAUUGGAGCGGCACAGUCGCUGCUGACAUCGCCGCGCUCCCAAACGGCCACGUAUAGCACCACGCUGGGUGGUGGCCUGGCCGGUGUGCAGUCACCGCUCCUGAUGAGCGGCGGCGGGAACUACGAGACGGUGAGCUCCUGAGAGUUAGCCAAAGAGGACAUCAAGUGCCAGAUCGUGUGUAUUGGCGGGAGCAGUACGUGCACCACCACCACCCUGGGCGCCGAGCGCACCACCAUCGUCUAAAGGACGACGACUAGGAGGCACUGAUGAGCAGUCGAAGAGGUAACUGAAUCCCAAAAUCUGUAUUAUAGUAGUUAAGCUGCAAUGAAAACUCGACAAGACUUCCAUGGAAAGGGCAGCAGGAGCAGAUGGAAAAUAAUCUAAAGUAAAUCAUAUGAUUAUAUAUAUAUAUAGAUAUAGAUAUAGCCUAUGUGUACUGGAUUUAGCAUUGUUUUCGAACCCGACUAAACUGUAACUGUAAACCACAAAGGAAAAGCAUUUAUUUAGUUUACUACUUACUUACUGUACAACUCAGAUCUGUCUUUGUGCGCAAAAACAAAAUGGAAAACAAGGAAAAACUAAAACAAAACAAGAUUAAUAAUGGAAAUCUUCAGUGAACAUAAUGAGCUAUGCUUGUGAAAUAAACGAGAAACUAGUUUAAACUUCAAACUAAGAGAUUAACCGGAGGAGCGCUGGUUAACUAGUUAAGCUAUAGAUGUGUAUAUAUGUAACCUAAUUUAGGAUCAGGUCAGCUAAUACUUAAACUAGUUUAACGAUUUAGCCACUUAAUGUAGCCUAAACUAAAUUGAACUUAGUUAGUCACAUUGCGAAUCUACGAAAAGACUAUCCCCCUGAUCAUAUAUAUGAUAAAAUUACAGAAUUUAAUGGCAUAUCUCUAUAUCGACAUAAUACUUAUAUAGCACAGAACAAGAACAACACAGCAGCAGCAGCAGCAACAACAACAACCGACAAAGGAAUCUGAAAUAGGCGCAAACUAUAUAUAUUAAAGGCGAUACGAUACGAUACGAUACGAUAAUGAAAUGGAUUAUCCUUGUAUAUGUGCAUCGAAUCAUAUUUUGUUAAAUGUGAAAUGAAUUUUAUAAGCAUCUGUUGUCGAGAACUUUAUCAAAUCUAUAUAGUACGUAUAUAUAAAAGAUCUGUAUGUAUCCAUGAUUAAGCAGCGCGCAAAAAAGAAAAACAAAAGAAAAGUUCAAUGUGUCUCCGCCACCACCUGCCCAAAGAAAAGCCCAAUUUCCAAUUCAAUGUAGUUGCUCUAAGGCCGAACUUAAAGUUUUCCAUUUUCUAUUUCCCAUUUAAUGAUUCUUUCUCCGAUCACGAUCACACCCCCACCCACCAUUAGUCUACAAAGAGAAAAACCAACAUGAAAAGUGCUUCUUCAAUGACAAAAUCAAAUUGAAUUGUGACUCGAAUUAUAAAUUGGAUAAGCGAAAAACUUAAGAAUGAAAUUUAAUUUUGGUUUAAACUUAGCCACUAAGAACUUUCGACUCUACAAACAUAAACUUAGGCAUAUGAGUAUUUUUUUAAUUAACCCUUGAUUUCUAAGCGAAUUGAAUAUUUAUUUCUCGUGCAAACAUCGUUACUUUUCAUUUGGUUUCCCUUCAAUGUAAAGCAAAUGAAAACUUAAUAUUGCAAACGAGCAGAAACAAGUGAAAAUAAGUGAACAAAAACAAAUAAAGAGGAAAAUGUGUAUAAAAAUGA